AUGAUGGUUGCGCCAACUGCUUUGAAGAAGAACGACGCCGGCGUUGCCGGCGUCCAGAGUAGGAUUAUUGGACUAGAUAAUAGACAAACUAUUGAAGACGACGACGAUGAUGUGUUGUUAGCAGAGGCUGACGGUGCUGCAGAUGCUGAAGAGGCCGUUGGAAGUACUAAGAAGACUGGAGCCAGCAGUGGUGUUGUGCUCGACGAAGAAGGGAAGCCUCGUUUUAGUGCCGCAAGCAAGACUGCCGACUCGAAGGUCAAGUUGGAGAGCAGAAAAGUCCCUGUACCUCCUCAUCGGAUGACCCCAUUGAGGAACAGUUGGAGCAAGAUAUACCCACCUCUUGUUGACCAUUUGAAGUUGCAGGUCCGUAUGAAUCUGAAGAGCAAAUCUGUCGAACUAAGGACCCAUCCAAAACAUACUACUGAUCCUGGUGCUCUACAGAAAGGUGCUGAUUUCAUCAAGGCUUUCACUUUAGGCUUCGACUUGGACGAUUCCAUUGCUUUGUUGAGACUGGAUGACUUGUAUAUUGAAACUUUUGAAAUUAAGGAUGUGAAAACUUUACAUGGCGAUCAUUUAUCAAGAGCUAUUGGUCGUAUUGCCGGUAAAGAUGGUAAGACAAAGUUUGCUAUUGAAAAUGCUACAAGAACCAGAAUCGUCUUGGCUGACACCAAGAUCCAUAUUUUAGGUGGUUUCACACAUAUUAGAAUGGCGAGAGAAGCUGUUGUCAGUUUAAUUCUGGGUUCUCCUCCAGGUAAAGUUUACGGUAAUCUACGUACAGUUGCUUCAAGAUUAAAGGAACGUUAUUAA